UGUUUUUCAGAUGUGUCGGUGAAGAAGAGCGACCUGCGUGUUUGUGACGCCGGAACGUGUCGCUUCGGAGGAGUCUGCCGUGAGAACGGCGCCGACAUCAAGUGUGUCUGCCAGUUCCACUGUAAUAAGAAGUACAUCCCUGUGUGCGGCUCCAACGGAGACACGUACCAGAACGAGUGCUUCCUGAGGAGAGCCGCCUGCAAGAAGCAGAGAGCCAUCACCAUCCUGGCAAAUGGAGCCUGUUACCACGACACUGGUUCAGGAUCAGGAGAUGGAGAUGACGAGGGCUCUGGUCGCGGCAAAAAGGCCUCAAAAUGUGGAAACUGCAAGUUAGCCGAAUGUGACGAAGACUCUGAGGACAUGCUCUGCAUGUGUAACAUCGUGUGUAACGGCCACAACGACAACCCUGUGUGCGGCAGCGACGGCAUCACCUACGACACGCCCUGCCACGUCCGAGAGGCGUCCUGCCUCAAACAGCUGAAGAUCGACAUCAAGCACGUGGGACGUUGCCAAG